GUGCAUCGCGCGAAUAGCGGUCGUGGUUUGCGGCUUCGUAGUGUGAUUGCGUGUUGCAUGUUGACAGCACACCAUGUCGUACCGAAUUUUGCGCAAGCUGCAAGGCAAUGAGCUGGAGAUUAAGGAGCAAAUCGAUGAGGUGUCCGACGGUGGUGAUGCUGAUUACGACACCAACAGCACUAGCAGCCAGAACCGCAACAACAAGAAGCAGCUCAACAUUAAUCGAUACGAUCUGCUGAACCAACAACAGUCGUUGUCUGAGAGCGAAGUCAAGGAGGACGAUAACGACGAAACGGAAAAAGAUGCAGCGGACGGUUCCGUGAGUGUGCAUCUGGCUGAGGCAAAAAAGCGCAAGAAGAAAAAGAAGAAAAAGACGGGCAAAUACAUCUCGAGUUCGGCGCGCCGGAGCAGCGAGGAUAACGCCGAUAUUGAGGAUGACUUCACGCGCACGGUGAAGGAGGUGGACAAGCUGUUUGGCAACUUUCCGCGUGUUUCUGAGCAUCACCACGUGCGUCCGGGGUCGACCGAGGGUGCCCUUGCUCGCGCUGAAGGCAAGGUAGCUGUGGGUUUGACCGCUAAAUCCUUGCUGAAUGUGCAGCAUAAAAAUCUCAAUCCGCAAUACGAAAUGAAGCGCAUGUUUGGCAGCAAGGUCGUCGGCGAUCAACAAAAUAAACGGCGUAAUGUGCGUGGCGCAUCGCGGAUGCUUAAGUCCACCUACUUGGUGAACCCGAAAGAUAGUUGGCCGCCCGUUGGAAAGUCGGGCAUUUACAUGAAUCUGGUGCAAGCACCUGAACCAGGAUCCUCGACGUCCACUGCCGGCCCGAAGGCAGUUUUUGACAAAAAUGUCAUUUAUUUCGCGUUUGAACACAGCCCUUCGUAUCGCCAGGUGCAGCAAAAGUUUCUCGACGCCGUCGAGAGUAUGGACUCGGAAAACAUUAUCCGCAUCAUCAAACAGCAUCCGUACCACGUUGACUCGCUGAUUCAGUUGAGCGAACUGUGCAAAAUGUCCGAGGAUCACGCAAUGGCUUCGGAGCUGAUCGAGCACGCGCUGCUGGCUCUCGAAUCGUCCUUUCACACCAUGUUUAGCCUGACGCAGGGCAACUGUCGAUUGGACUACCGCAGACAGGAAAACCGUGCCCUUUUCAUUUCGCUGUUUAAGCACUCUCAACACCUGGAAUCAAGGGCUUGCUCCCGGACUGCGCUGGAGGUGGCCAAACUGAUACUGUCGUUCGACCCGGUUAACGAUCCGCUUGCCAUGAUUCUGAUUGUCGAUUAUUACGCAAUCCGGGCCAAACAGUACGAAUGGCUCGUCACGCUGUUUGAAGAGUGGGACGCUACAAACAAUUUGUCCCAGUUGCCAAACAUGGCGUACUCAUACGCUAUGGCUCUCUUUCACCUGAACCGCACGGAUGCCGCUGAUAAGGCUCUUCAGUAUGCGCUGCUAAUGUUUCCCGGUGUUCUGCGCCCGCUGAUGGAUGAACUCUCGAUACAAGCCGAUAGCCGGGUCGCGGGACAUAAUUAUUUUGGACCUAGCGCGUACAAUAAGGCAUUGGUGGCACUUCAACAGCUGAUGUCGCUGUACGUGUGCCGCUCAAAGCUAGUGUGGCGCGAUACAGAGUUGCUACCGUGGUUGGAGCGUAACGUUAAUACGGUGUUGGAUCGGGUGGAUGCCAAAGAGGACGUUGUCGCAGAGUAUGCCACCAAGAGGAGUCAAAGGUAUGCUAAUCCACCUCGACAAGUAUUACGUCAUAUCGUGCUGUCAGAUUUCAAGGAAAAGGUACCGCUGGCCCAGUUUAUCAAACAGGAAACGGAACCAGUGCUAAUGUGCGAUCCACUGCCCCCGCUGGAUUCCAUUAAUAUCUAUUCCAGGCCUACGAUGACAUCUACCGGACAACGCUUAUCGAACGAUCCGUUGCAUCUAUUUUUCCAAUCAUUAUUUCCAAGCUUCAGCGCUCAGCCACAACCUGGUGCACCAGCCCAGGCGCAACAGGCGAAUGUUGGCAUUAACCAAGUGCAAGAUGGACAACAAGCUGGACCAGCUGCUGUUGGUGGCGGUGGUGGUGGUGGUGUAGCCGGGGCCGAACGAGACCUCAUGAGCCUGCAUGCUUACAGCAGCACGCUUAACACGAUCGUGGAAGCUAUGCGAGAAUUUCUGUCCGGUAUCCGUGCGCUUGAGCGGCCAAACGAUGCCGACGUGGAUGAGGCCGAAAGCACUGAGGAAGAUGAGCCAAACGAUUAUCUGACGUAAGCGUGCAGUGAGGAGAAGUGUUGCAAAACAAAAAGACUAUAUCGCCGCGUCAUCUAAGCGGAAUAAUGAAAUUUCCAACCAGGCUGGGUCCUUUGUGAGUGUAAAAAAGCGCACUGGUUAAUGGCUGGUUCAAAUAUAAAUCAUUUAAAAAAGAAAAAAAAUAUAUACAUAUAUAAAUAUGCGCUGUGGAAUGGCAACGGCCGAUAAAGUUAGUCAUUAGCGAAUAGUUUCAUUAUUGCUGCCACUUUUAGUUCAGUGUGCUGUUGCAGGUCAGCAUUACUUUGUUGAACAAAAAAAAAACAGGAAGCUUAAAGCCACUUGGUAGGAUAGGUUUGUUUGGCGUGUGAAAUCAGAUUUAUCACUUCAAACAAUGUGCUUUUGAUGUCUUUCUAUCGCGGUUUAUCAAUAUUGUGAAUGCUUGUGAUUUGUCUUUUCUAUUCUACCAUUGAAUCUGUAACUGCAUCCAGUCUUGACAUAUCUAUCGUAUUCAGGCUAUUGCGAACUAACAUUUUUUUUCCUAUUUCCAAUCAAGCUCUAAUUCAAUUCCGCAUUUUCAUUGUUGGUUUUAAAGCAGUUGACAUACAAACUCAAUAGUAAGUAGAGGCGGGACCUGGCCGUUGGGUCAAUAAGAAUAACGAACAUUGUACGCAUACUUUAGGCAUUUUUUCUUUGUUGUUGUUUGAAUUGAUUGAAUCAAGUUUAAAAAUAGCUUAUAGGCUCAAAGGAAAAUGAUCCAUGCUGUAGUAUUUAUUUCGUAUUUCCUUGCUCUUUUGGUGGUUGGAUUUUAGUUUCAUAUUAAAAUAGUACAUUUUCCAUUGGCACACAUUUGUUGACAUUUAUUUUUUCAAAGCUCUUUGAAAGUUACGGCAGGACAGCGAUGUUUUAUUAUACAAUUUAUUUGAUUUAGAAAUCAUAUGUACGUUAAAACAAACUAUAAAAUUGUACGGUAUGGUGAUACGACACCUCGAAAAGAAAAUUCUUGUAUGUCAGUGAUGCUUGCUUUCAGAUUACGUUGGACGAUUUGCAAUCAAAAGCUUAACAGGUUGCAUAAAAAACAAUGUGUGUUACAAUUUUUUGCCUCGGAAAAAUGGGUUUCUGGGAGAAAGGAAAUCGCUGUUGAAUUGUUAUACUUGAAAAAUCGCUUUGCAUCGUCAUGUUCUGUAUAUUAUAACGCCAAGGAGUUUAUAAACCUAUGUUUAGUAUGCAUGAAAAAUGGAAACAGAACAUGAAAAUAAACUUUUAAAAUAUACCAUUUUCUUCCGUAAAAAAUAAUUGUGUACAACUAUUUCGUCACUACAUUAUUUGCCUGUGCAAAAUGUAUUCAAAUAUACCCGUUUAUAAAACGAAGCUCUAAAAACAAUGAAUGGCAUUUGUAAAAGCUUAGCAACAGUGCAUAAAUUAACGUGUACGAUAAUAGAUCCGUGAGUUUGUUGUACUUAUGAUAAAAGAAAAUUUAAAUACACGUAAUGAAGUGGCUUUGCAGCAAAAUAAAUUAAAAGGAAAGGAUAGUAUUUAUAAUGGUUGAAGCGUAACGCAGCGAAGUGAACAAAAUAGAUUGUCAUUUGCAUUUUUCCUAAAAUAAUUUCUACGCAUCAAUAACAUAGCAAGAUAUAUGGAAAAACGUAAUGGAACUGGAAAGCUCUGCAGAACAAAUUCAGAGCAAAGGUAACAAGAGUAUGAACAUAGACUCGCAAAAUUAGUUAAAUAUUGCGACGUACACAUAGGUACAAUGCGCUUAGGAGAUGAUAACAAACGAUAGCAAAAACGAAAAGAAUUCUAACACUAAUUCAACAUCGUAAUGCAGGGGCAAAAAUACUAUCGACCACGUUGGCGGAAUAACAGUGAAAAUGUUUUAGAAUCGAUAGGGCAUUCAAUACGAUUUAGGCUAUUUCAAUAAAACACAUUUAAAAUCAAACACUAGAGCCAAAUAUGUGGAGUACCGACAAGAGUGUGCCGAAGAGUGUGGUUGAGAAUGAUUGCAAAAUUAUGUGUUUCAUGCGUAGAAUUAUGCAACUACACGAAGGAAUGGAUUCGAGAUGCAGGCAAUAUUACGAAACGGAAUUAAAAAAAAAUAUACACACAAACAUUCAUUCACGUAUAGCGGCUGUUGUAGCUGAAAGUAUUCAGCCGAAUUUAAGCGUAUUAUAAAUGUCAUAUACAAUGACUACUACCCCCCAGGGAAUACGCACCUUCUCUCUUACAUUAGAGAAUUAAUAAAACGCAUACCUACUUUUCUGCAAACUAUGAUAAACAGGUGGUAUUUCUACAAAACGACUAUAUUUCUGUUGAGUCAAACUACUAGAAAAAAUAUUUGGUAAGUAUAUAGUUCAAAAACGGUAACUACAAACGAUUACUUUGAACGAUAAACCGCGAUGGGGCAUCUCACCUCGUCAUGUAUGCAAGUAUUCAAUUAUGCAGAAAAA